AUGGGAGAUCAACCUUCUUAUGUCGCGUUUUUCGGUGCCAUGGGAGCAACUUCGGCCAUUGUGUUUAGUGGUAAGCAUAUUAUGAGAGGUUUUGCUACCCUGUGCUAAGUUUAAACCAUGCUGAUCAUUAAUUCGGUAAAACCAAUUCUAGCCCUAGGAGCAGCAUAUGGGACAGCCAAAAGUGGAACAGGAAUCGCUGCCAUGAGUGUGAUGCGCCCAGAACUGAUUAUGAAGUCUAUAAUUCCAGUAGUUAUGGCGGGUAUCCUUGCUAUUUAUGGACUCGUCGUGGCCGUACUUGUUGGCAAUGGAAGUAAGUGUUCAUGACGGGUUAAUCGCUAGUGUUAUAAUUGAGAAAAUUACGUCAUUCUUCGUAUGAAACAUUCUUCAUUUCGAUUCUGGUUAUUAAUGACAACGAAGUUUUUUUUUUCUACAUAGCUGGAGUGAAAUUCAAUCGUGUCAAAAUUCCCUACGUAGACCAUUAUCUCUAUGUAAAGAGAAAUGUUGUGCUAAUUUAUGGAGCUAUAUCUGUCGAGUGACUCAAUGCCUCACCAGUUGUUCUGACUGGCAAGCCACUGAGCAGCUCUUUACACCUCUCAUGUUCUUUUACAUUGAUUAAGGAAAGCUGAUAAGCUAGCCCACUGUUCAUUUUGCCAUGCUCUUUCUUAGUGCAUCAAAUGAACCACAGCAUUUAGUGGAUCCUUCAUAAUUCCCACAUGUUAUGUUGGAAACAACUUAUUGUUCACUGUUUUGAGAAACCUAUUACUAUAGUAUUAAAGCAAGAUAAGCACUCUGUAUCAGUCAACCAAGGCAGUAGCCCACCUAAGAAUUUGGUUUAAUACGUGAAAAGUUUGUACCCUUCUUGCCUGUGGCUUAUUAUUUACAAACUUUUGUUGUAGUCUCACAACAAACAUGAUAGCAAGUGCAGUUAAUUGCUUUACAAUCGAUUGAUAGCUUCAUAUAUUUUCAGUGGUCAUUUUGUCAUGGUAGUUACUCACUUUAGAUUUAAAGUUGCAGAAAAUAUUUCUCUAGGUUGUUGUUGGUGAUUGUAUAUCCAUUUUAAAUGGAAAAAUCAUUCAUAUUCACUGAACCUUGACUGAGGCUUUGUCCAAAACAUUGAAACAUUUAAAUACAUAUUUUGAUCAAGAAAGAUAAUAACGAACAAAAACUUAAUAAUGAAAAAUUUCAUUUUACUGUAUUUCUUAACCCUUUGACGGCCAAGAGUGACUAGCAUCUAAUUCCCCCAUACAGUAUCACCUCUGAAUCACACAUAAAGGACAUGAGAAUAAGGGAAAUAAUCACCAAUUAACCUUUUACACCCUAACAUCAGUAUUCAUAUUCUCUAUACUGUUCUCUGUACAUUUACUAAGGUGCUGACAAGGAGAAUUUGUCUAACAAUCAAGAGUUUUUUUAGUUGGUGAUCAUUCCCUUCAUUCUCAUGACAUCAAUGUGUGAUUCAGUGGUGAUAUUAUAAAAAGAAAUUAGAUGCCAGUCACUCUUAAGGGUCAAAGGGCUAAAGAAACUCUUGAUUGUUUAAAAAAUUAUCCUUGGAGGAAAUGUAUGGGGAAGAGAAUAGAGAUUGUGCAUACAAAUGUUGGGAUGUAAAGAGUUAUGUAAACUUUGUAUUCCCAGUUAAUUUCACUUCUCUCAUUUACAUCCAGUAAGGAUAAACUUUGGACACAUUUUUGAUUGCUUCUCAAGGCAAAGUAACCUAGUUUUCCUCAAUUAGACAAAUAUAACCAAAAAAAUUGUUAACUUAAAACCAGCCCUUAUUUGAAAGAAUACUUAAAAAAGUUCUCAACCAACUUUACACUUUUACAGUAGCCUAUUGAUUGUGGUCAGUCCUUACUAUUGCUAACACACAGCAUGCUAUGCAAUGAAAAUGUGCUAAAAAUGAUUUCCAAGGGUUCUUCUGGACUAACAAUUUUUCCUUUCCUUUUCAGUUUCUGAGAAGUAUACUCUUUUCAAGUGAGUAAUUGCUUACCUUCCUUGAAAGUGAUAUUUUUUAGUAUCCCACUUAAAGAUAUGUUGUUAUUUGUUUCUCAUUAAUGGUAUUUUAUAAAAUUCUCUACACAUUAUCUCAUAAGAUUUUUUUCUCAUUUCUUGUAUUUAAGGAGUUUUCUAGAUCUGGGUGCAGGUUUGAGUGUUGGACUGAGUGGCUUGGCAGCAGGUUUUGCUAUUGGUAUUGUUGGUGAUGCUGGAGUCAGAGGAACAGCUCAACAGCCUCGUCUCUUUGUUGGAAUGAUUCUUAUUUUGAUUUUUGCUGAAGUUCUUGGUCUUUAUGGACUGAUUGUUGCUUUAAUCCUUACCACAAAGAGUGUUUAG